AUGAAGUUUGAAAUGCUGAGUGAAAAAUUGGACUUUGUGACGAACCCCCAAAAUUGGAAUGAUCACCAAAAACAGCGAUUAAUUAAUACAUUCAAAGUGCCAAUUGAAAAAUACAUAAAAGACCAAUUUUCUGAAAUUACUAAAAACAAAGAAUGCAUUGUAGCCACAAGUAGUAUGGCGUUGUCGCCUUAUUUGAAUCACAUUCAUUUCGAUCUCUCUAUUUUAGACGAAGCUGGACAAGUCUUAGAACCUUACAGUGCAAUUGGUCUCUUUCGUGGUGAGAGGUCUGUCAUAAUAGGGGACUUAAAUCAACUUCAAGCUGUUGUGAAAAGUCAACCGGGGAAGAGUGGUCGCUAUAACACAUCAACAAUGGAAAGAUUAAUUUACAUGCAAAAUGUUCCUAUCACCACAUUAAAAAAGCAGUAUAGAAUGGAUUUUGGAAUACAUGAAUUUAUUAACACGUCUUUUUAUAAAAAAGAACUUGCCUACACAAAAAUAUCAAAUGAAAACAACGUGUUUAAUGCCAUUUUUGAAAAUUCAUUUCCUUAUAUUUUCAUUGAUGUUGAUUACAAAGAAAAUCAUAUGGACAAAGACAAAAGUUUAUUCAAUGAAGAUCAACACAAAGUCGCACUCAUUUUAUUUGAAAAACUACAGCAACAAGACAUCAAUAAAAAUGAUAUCGCAAUUAUUACACCAUACACUAAACAAAAAAAUUUGAUACAACAAAGACAUAACCAAGACUCCAGAGUCGCAACAAUUGAUGGAUUUCAAGGAAAUGAAGCAGACUAUAUCAUUGUGUCUACUGUUCGAUCGAAUACUAUUCACUAUCCUGGGUUCGUUGGAGAUUACUGUAGAGUAAAUGUGUCACUUUCUAGAGCCAAAAAAGGGUGUAUUGUACUUGGUGACUUGAAAACACUCAAUACAAGAGCGUGGCAGUGUUUCUUUAAUUAUAUUGCAAUACACAACGCGUACUUUAAAAAAGAAGGUGACAUAUUUCGUAAUUAUCCCCUCGACCCUAAUGACUUUCUUGAUUAUAAUCAUUUCUACGAAUAA